AGAGAGAGGGAAAAGGAGGAGGAGAGGAUAACAUUGCAGUAGGCUAUACCCGUGCGUAAAUGUGACCAUCCUCGCUGUGGUUCCUCCAUCCCUCCAUCCAUCCAUCACCCUCUCCCCUCCAGCCGCUCUUCUCUCCUCCUCUUAGCCGUUGAUCACCUGCACGGUGGUCAGUGGUCAGUUUUGGACCGUGGAGUCCCGCUUGUCUCGGCUCGGCGCCCUCCUCCAGGGGUUGGGAGGAGCGCCGGGGGGCACGUCCAGGUUCCUGCCGGGCUUCGUGUCCACCGCCGCCGAGAGCCAUGGCUCGGAGCGGCGGGAGAGACGCGGCUCGACACGCUCUCGGAUGCCGGUGAUGCGGGGUCUGAUCGCGCCACAAAACACCUUCUUGGAUACUAUCGCCACCCGUUUCGAUGGGACCCACAGUAACUUUGUCCUGGGGAACGCUCAGGUCCAGUCCCUCUAUCCCAUAGUCUACUGCUCCGAUGGCUUCUGUGAAUUGACCGGCUUUGCUCGUGGCGAGCUGAUGCAGAAGAGCUGCAUGUGUCACUUCCUGUACGGCAGCGAGACCAGCGACCACCUCACCUUGCAGAUGCAGAAAGCUCUGGAUGAACGUCGGGAGUUCAAGACUGAGAUCAUUCUGUACAAGAAGAGUGGCUCAAAGUUCUGGUGUCUGCUGGACAUUGUGCCCAUAAAGAAUGAGAAGAGCGAAGUUGUUUUGUUCCUGGUCUCACAUAAGGACAUCACAGAAAACAGGGACCUGGACCAUGGCAAUGAAUCUGACACUGAUGAGGAAACCGGGCUGGAGGUCCGCCAGAUCAGCUGCCCUCCAGGCUUCAACAUGGAGCGCCGCCGCAGUCGGGCCGUCCUCUACCAGUUGUCUGGACACCUACAGAAACAAGACAAAACCAAGAGCAAGCUGAAGAUCAACAAUAGUGUUCUGGGGGCCAAUGCAAACCCGGUCCCAGAGUACAAGGUGGCGGACAUCCAGAAGUCCCGCUUCGUCCUCCUUCACUAUGGUGCGUUCAAGGCUGGCUGGGAUUGGCUGAUCUUGUUGGCCACCUUCUACGUCGCUGUCACUGUUCCCUAUAAUGUGUGCUUCACUGAGAUACGAGAGGACGGCGGCUCACGUAACCCUCCGAGUGUCAGCGAUAUCUUGGUGGAGAUACUUUUUAUCAUUGAUAUUGUGCUGAACUUCCGAACCACCUACGUGAGCACGUCUGGUCAGGUCGUGUACGACCCCCGCUGCAUCUGCAUUCACUACGUCACAUCCUGGCUGUUUGUGGAUCUGAUCGCCGCCUUGCCCUUUGACCUGCUCUAUGCCUUCAAUAUCAGUGUGAACUUCGGGGUUCACCUGCUGAAGACAGUGCGCCUCCUCCGCCUCUUGCGCCUCCUACAGAAGCUGGAUCGUUACUCCCAGUAUAGCGCUGUGGUCCUAACCCUGCUCAUGUCCACGUUUGCCCUGCUGGGCCAUUGGAUGGCUUGUGUUUGGUACUUCAUCGGACGCAGUGAGAUUGAAAGUAAUAGCCCCACCUCCUGGGAUAUAGGCUGGCUACAUGAACUGGCCAAACGCUUGGGAACGCCAUACAUCCUGGCGCCGCUGACCUCCCUGCUGGGUGUCUCUGAUUCGCCUCAAGGCACCAUGACAGCAGGACUGACCAAUUACAGCCAGUGGAAUGGCUCAGGGUUAGAGCCGCUGAAUGUGGCGGGUUUGCUGGGUUCAGGCCAAUGGAACGGUAGCAGGACCAGAGUGAGGACACCAAACGGAUCGGGGACAACACUGAGCGGCGGCCCAUCUGUCAGGAGCUCCUAUGUGACAUCACUGUACUUUGCUCUGAGCAGUCUGACCAGUGUGGGCUUUGGCAACGUUUCAGCCAACACAGACUCUGAGAAGAUUUUCUCCAUCUGCACCAUGCUGAUUGGAGCAUUAAUGCAUGCUGUGGUGUUCGGUAAUGUGACCGCCAUUAUUCAGAGGAUGUACUCACGCCGCUCCCUCUACCACACCCGCACCAAGGACCUCAAGGACUUUAUCCGGGUGCACCGCCUGCCCAAGACCCUUGAGCAACGCAUGAUGGAAUGUUUCCAGACGACCUGGUCUGUCAAUAAUGGUAUCGACGUCAGCGAGCUGCUGAAGGACUUCCCGGAUGAGCUGAGGGCUGACAUCGCCAUGCACCUGAAUAGCGAGCUGCUGCAACUGCCGCUCUUUGAAUCGGCCAGCAGGGGGUGUCUGCGCUCGCUUUCCCUCAUCAUCAAGACCUCCUUUUGCGCUCCUGGGGAGUUCCUCAUCCGCCAAGGCGACGCCCUCCAGGCUAUCUACUUUGUAUGCUCAGGCUCCAUGGAAGUACUGAAGGACAACACUGUGCUGGCCAUUCUAGGUAGGGGUGACCUGAUUGGCUCUGACUGUCUGACCCAGGAGGAAGUGAUUAAGACUAACGCCUGCGUGAAGGCCCUGACAUACUGUGACCUGCAGUACAUCAGCCUCAAAGGCCUCCGUGAGGUGCUCUGUCUCUACCCUGAUUACUCGCAGAAGUUCAUCACUGAGAUCCAGCAUGAUCUGACGUACAACCUCCGGGAGGGACACAGCACUGAGGCAGACUGUGAGAGCAACGGAGGGAUCAUGAAGAAGCUUCCAUCCAUCAAGGAGGACGAGGAGGGAUCAGGUUCAGAGGGUGAACACUCGCCUUACCCAAAAUGCCUCCCCCUGGGCAGGCUGGGACGAGGCCUGCGCUCCCCCCUGCGCUCCCCUCUACGCUCCCCGCUGCUGCCGGCCAGAACCUUCAGACCGGUGAGCGAUCACACCCGGCCGGCCAACCUGCAGAUCCCCAUGGUGAGCUUCAGCUGCCUGCAGCCGGACCUCAGCCCUCGGUUUGUGGACGGGAUUGAGACAGAAAACCAAAGUGGUUCGGCUCCGAAAUUUGAUUUUUCUCCCAGCGCAACUCAGAGUUUCCUACCCAGCCCCGAUUCAGCUACCUCAGGGGCCCUUGAUGAGGGUGACACCAUGCAGACUAUUGCUAAGCUAAAACAUGAGAUGAACGUCCUCUCCCGUCAGGUAACCGCUGUCAGUCAGGAGCUGCAGGAAAUGACACGUCUUCUCAAACCCCUCUUCCAUAACACCUCCACGCUGCUGAUACCCAAUGCUGUGACUCCGCCUCACAGCGUGACAUCACACAGCUGCUCCCCGGCCCCACCCCUUCUUACCCAACACACACCUGUGGACCACUCAGACGAUCAAAACCCUUCAUCCAUCCUGGUACCUGGACCGGACUCUCCUCAGCUGAGCUUCACGAAGGUGUUACAAGGAGAGUUUGAUCCACUUCAGUGUUCACCCUCCCGAAUCAUCACCUCCCAUAAUCCUCCAGUUCCUCAUCAGGCUAGCGCUGCUCCCCCAGUGUCUCAUUGCUCAGCUCCCCCAUCACUUAACAGCUCUCCCCAUGAGCACACCAUCAUGCCACAUCCCUACUCCUCCUCCUCCAUCCCCUCUAUCUCUUCAUCCAUCUCUCCCCUUUUGGUGGACUUAGCAGGAUCUGGUAGUGAGCCACAAACACAGCCUCAAUCCCGUAUCCCGCUCCUGUCCCAGUCUGAGUCCCAGCUCCGGUUCCAGCCUGAGUUCCAGUUCAUAUCCCGGUCUCAUCCCCAUUCCCUUUCCCAGCCUCAGCUCCAUCCCAUUCUCCAGCCCUCCAGCAUGGCAACCCGCUCCCGAGAACCCCUCCUGAACCUGCAGGAGCUGGAGUGGGGAGAGCAAACCGCUCAGCUCAGCUUCAUUAACGAAGGACAACCCUCAGUGUGAACAGAGAAGACUAAAAUCUGGACUGAAAGACAGGAAUAAACUAGCAUGCCACACAACUUACUGCAUGACAGACAUUUGCCCGAAGUUUGGCAUGUGAGAUAAGAUGUAAAUGCAUCGAUUUUAAACUAUUAUAAACUGUUAUCAUCAGCACCCGUUGUAAACAGAUCUGACAAUAAAAUAGGUUGUUUUA